GGCCUCAGGUUUCAGAUUGUUUCUGAAACUAAACUUACCUGGACAAGUAAAAGGACAAAUGCCUGUGGUUUUCUGUGGUCGUGCGUGUGUGACGUCAUCACAAAGCGCCCAUAAGGAAAGUAGAAGAAGCUUAAUUCAUGCUCAGCAGGUCGAACAACCCGGCAGGUUUAACAGCAUGGAUUUGCUAUAUGGUCCUUUGGGCUUGGGCGUAGUUGCAGGACUGGGCUGUGGGCUCUUCCUUGGCUGGCACUUUCGGGCUCGCUUUGGCCCAACAUCCAAAAGUUUAAUGGCGGCAAUGGGGAACGGCACUGGUGAAGCAAGUGUAAUGGGAGAGGGAGGCGAGUUCAAGAUGAUACUAGUGGUCCGAAACGACCUGAAGAUGGGAAAAGGUAAAGUCGCUGCCCAGUGCUCCCAUGCUGCUGUGUCAGCUUACAAACAAGUUCAGCGCAGAAACCCCGAGCUUCUCAAACAGUGGGAAUACUGCGGUCAGCCCAAGGUGGUGGUGAAGGCCCCUGAUGAGAACACCCUGAUUGAUCUGCUGGGUCAUGCCAAAGAAGUAGGACUUCCUGUUAGCCUGAUUCAGGAUGCAGGAAGGACACAGAUCGCACCUGGAUCACGCACUGUGCUGGGUAUCGGUCCAGGCCCAGCUGAUCUGGUUGACAGCGUCACUGGAGACUUGAAGCUUUAUUAGUAGUUCCUGUUUGCAUCUGUAGGACUUGCAUAGAAUUUAAACUAUUUGAAAUAUAAAUGUUGGGUUACCAUGUCUUUAUAUUUUUUAUAAAAUGAUUGACUCAGUUACAUGUUAAGUACUUGAACUUUUUUUUUUCUUUGCAGUUUUGUGCACUUAUGUCUAUCACUUUGGAAAUCAGUUGACCCUUGAAUAGCAGCAAUAACAGCUUGAUGUGUAUUGCUUUACUGUGAGACUGGCAAAAACACAACAAACACUGUUCAUGUUGGUGCUCCACACUAACCAGUCUGCUGAGGCCUGUCAGUGAAGACAUAAUGCUCAGAGGAAAGUGAUGGAAAUUAUUGUCGAUCUCAUUAAGGUCAAAGUUCUGUAAAAUAAAAGUAGACCUUUUUAGGCACAGAAAGCUUGUGCUACUACUAACAACUUCAGUUAAAUGUUUCAGUAAGGCAUGACAAUGACUCAGCAUACAAAACAGCAGUGCCUUGGUAUUUUUUCAUAUAAAUGGAAUGCAUUAAUGUUAUUGAUUACACCUGUGCUUUUCCUGCUGUGAAAAUGGUUUAUACUGUCAACCCAAAAUUAAAUUCUAAUCUCAUAAAAUGAA